GACUGAAACACCAGCUUGAUUCUAGAACAAAGAUGCUCAGUCUCAGGAUCAAUUGAGAUUUGUUUCUACCGAGAGAUCCACUCUGAGUCACACUUGGUAUCUUCAGAGAGACUAUGGUCAAUUUGACUUCAAUGAGUGGAUUCCUUCUUAUGGGGUUUUCUGAUGAGCGUAAGCUUCAGAUUUUACAUGCAUUGGUAUUUCUGGUGACAUACCUGCUGGCUUUGACAGGCAACCUCCUCAUUAUCACCAUCAUUACUGUGGACCGUCGUCUCCAUUCCCCCAUGUAUUACUUUUUAAAGCACCUCUCUGUUCUGGACCUCUGCUUCAUCUCUGUCACAGUCCCCCAGUCCAUUGCAAAUUCACUUAUGGGCAACGGUUACAUUUCUCUUGUUCAGUGCAUUCUUCAGGUUUUCUUCUUCAUAGCUCUGGCCUCAUCAGAAGUGGCCAUUCUCACAGUGAUGUCUUAUGACAGGUACGCAGCAAUCUGUCAACCACUUCAUUAUGAGACUAUUAUGGAUCCCCGUGCCUGUAGGCAUGCGGUGAUAGCUGUGUGGAUUGCUGGGGGCCUCUCUGGGCUCAUGCAUGCUGCCAUUAACUUCUCCAUACCUCUCUGUGGGAAGAGAGUCAUUCACCAAUUCUUCUGUGAUGUUCCUCAGAUGCUGAAACUAGCCUGUUCUUAUGAAUUCAUUAAUGAGAUUGCACUGGCUGCAUUCACAACGUCUGCAGCAUUUAUCUGUUUGAUCUCCAUUGUGCUCUCCUACAUUCGCAUCUUCUCUACAGUGCUGAGAAUCCCAUCAGCUGAGGGCCGGACCAAGGUCUUCUCCACCUGCCUACCACACCUAUUUGUAGCCACCUUCUUUCUUUCAGCUGCAGGCUUUGAGUUUCUCAGACUGCCUUCUGAUUCCUCAUCGACUGUGGACCUUGUAUUCUCCGUAUUCUAUACUGUGAUACCUCCAACACUCAAUCCAGUCAUCUAUAGCUUACGGAAUGAUGCCAUGAAGGCAGCACUGAGGAAGAUGCUGUCAAAGGAAGAGCUUCCUCAGAGAAAAAUGUGCUUAAAAGCCAUGUUUAAACUCUGAAGAACCAUACAAAUGAAAGGCAUUUUUAUUAUGUUUCAGAUUGGAAGAGAGGUGAAUCUUGCUUCUUCCCAGAACGCUCUUCCAAGCUGUCUAUUGUAUAUAUUCCUCUCAAAUAUAAUUCUUUAAAAUUUAAGAUGUUGUGCUCUAAUAAUAUUAGCUUUCCUUCCUCCCUCCAAUUCAAGUGUUAUUUUAAGUCAUCUUUGGAAAAUUUUUCUGAAAUGAAGGAGAAAGACAAUUAGUUUGGAGUCUGGCCUGUAUAAUUUAAAACUUGUUAUUAACAAAUAAGGUUGGAGAUAGAUGAAGCUAACUGGGUUAAUAUGAUGGUGCAUAUAUGGUAUUUCCAGUGGGCCUCCUAGUUUUCUAUCCAUAUUAAGUAUUCAUAUUAAGUUCUUUUACUAUUAUUACAGUGGUGAUUUCAACAAUUUAUUCAGCCCCUAGUAAGUAUCAAGUGCUUUAUAUAUAUACAUUUUUUUGACUCAAGAAAACAACUCUUCUAGCUAUAACAUAUUGUCCCCAUUUUGCCAAUAGGAACAAUAAAUUUAGGAAGGAUUAAUUAAUUUUCCUGAGAUUUCUCAAAUAAAUGGUAGUUAAGCUGUGAUUCAAAUUAAUAUUUGUCUGACUCAAACAAUAAGGUCAUUUAUGUUCCUUACUGAUGGCAAAUGCAUUAUUACCCAAAUGUGAGUGUGUAUGUUUAUGUGUGUGUGUGAUGUGUAUAAUCUAUAAAUAUAAGCAUAUACUACUAUAAUCUAUUAAUAAAAUUGUCAUCACCCUUGUGCAUCCCUAUUACUGGAGGUAUUUAUAUUAAUUCCUUUACUUUUCUGAUCUGUACAAGAGUUUGACAAACUGGUUUUACAGAGUUAGGCAGGGGAUGCUCCCUAGUUCCAUGAAACAGAAUAUAGAUAAACUGCAAAUGAAGAGAUCCAACUUAUGAAUGUGUGAGAUAAGGAGGCAUAAAUCUUGUGAAUCUGAAUAUCUGAUUCAAUUUUGUGUAAUGCUGCAGAUUUCUUCAAGAAAGACUCAUAAUUUACAAGAGUACAAAACUGGACUAGUCCCCUCAGUUUUGAAGUAAAUCAAAGUGCAUGUUUUAAUGACAAAGGGAAUGAGCAAUUGCUCAGUAAUGGGAAAUGUUUUUAUAGGACUUUUUUGAAUUAAUGGUUAUAAUAUCUACAUAUGCAUAUACCUUAGUAAGUUUUUUUUUCUUUAAUCUGCCACAUGAGAUUUUUUCUUUUUUUUUAUAUACUUUAAGCUCUGGGGUACAUGUGCAGAACUUGCAGGUUUGUUACAUAGGUAUACACAUACCAUGGUGGUUUGCUGCACCCAUCAACCUGUCAACUACGUUAGGUAUUUCUCCUAAUGCUAUCCCUCCCCUACCCCCUCACCCCCAAACAGGCCCCAGUGUGUGAUGUUCCCCUACCUGUGUCCAUGUGUUCUCAUUGUUCAGCUCCUACUUAUGAGUGAGAACAUGCAAUGUUUAGUUUUAUGUUCUUGUGUUAGUUUGCUGAGAAUGAUGAUUUCCAGCUUCAUCCAUGUCCCUGCAAAGGACAUGAAAUCAUCUUUUUUAUGGCUGCAUAGUAUUCCAUAGUAUUCCAUGGGUGUAUAUGUGCCAUCUUUUCUUUAUCCAGUGUAUUAUUGAUGGGCAUUUGGGUUGGUUUCAAGUCUUUGCUAUUGUAAACAGUUCCACAAUAAACAUAUGUGUGCAUGUGUCUUUAUAGUAGAAUGAUUUAUAAUCCUUUGGGUAUAUACCCUGUAAAGGGAUUCCUGGGUCAAAUGGUAUUUUUGAUUCUAGAUCCUUGAGGAAUUGCCACACUGUUUCCACAAUGGUUGAACUAGUUUACAGUCCCACCAACAAUGUAAAAGUGUUCCUGUUUCUCCACGUCCUCUCUAGCAUCUGUUGUUUCCUGCCUUUUUAACGAUAGCCAUUCUAACUGGCAUGAGAUGGUAUCUCAUUAUGGUUUUGAUUCGCAUUUCUCUGAUGACCAGUGAUGAUUAGCUUUUUUUCAUAUGUUUGUUGGCCACAUAAAUGUCUUAUUUUAAAAAGUGUCUGUCAGGCCAGGGCAUUGGCUCAUGCCUGUAAUCACAGCAUUUUAGGGGGCUGCAGUGGGCAGAUCAUGAGGUCAGGAGAUUGAGACCAUCCUGGCUAACAUGGUGAAACUCCAUCUCAACUAAAAAUACAAAAACUUAGCUGGGCGUGGUGCCAUGCACCUGUAAUCCCGGCUACUCAGGAGGCUGAGGCAGGAGAAUUGCUUGAACCUGGAGAAUCCAAAAAGUGUCUGUUCACAUCCUUUGCCCACAUUUUGAUGGGGUUGUUUGUUUUUUUCUUGUAAAUUUGUUUAAAUUCUUUGUAGAUUCUGGAUAUUAGCCCUUUGUCAGAUGGAUAGAUUACAAAAAUGUUCUCCCAUUCUGUAGGUUGCCUAUUCACUCUGCUGAUGGUUUCUUUUGCUGUGCAGAAGCUCUUUAGUUUAAUUUGAUCCCAUUUGUCAAUUUUGGCUUUUGUUGUCAUUGCUUUUGAUGUUUUAGUCAUGAAGUCUCUGCCCAUGCCUAAAUCCUGAAUGGUAUUGCCUAGGUUUUCUUCUUGGGUUUUUAUGGUUUUAGGUCUUACGUUUAAGUCUUUAAUCCAUCUUGAGUUAAUUUUUGUAUAAGGUAUAAGGAAGGAGUCCAGUUUCAGUUUUCUGCAUAUGGCUAGCCAGUUUUCUCAACAGCAUUUAUUAAAUAGGGGAUUCUUUCCCCAUUGCUUGUUUUUGUCAAGUUUGUCAAAGAUCAGAUGGUUGUAGAUGUGUGGCAUUAUUUUUGAGGCCUCUGUUCUGUUCUGUUGGUCUAUAUAUCUGUUUUGGUACCAGUACCAUGCUAUUUUGGUUACUGUAGCUUUGUAAUAUACUUUGAAGUCAGGUAGCAUGAUGCUUCCAGCUUUGUUCUUUUUGCUUAGGAUUAUCUUGGCUAUGUGGGCUCUUGUUUGGUUCCAUAUGAAAUUUAAAGUAGUUUUUUCCUAUUCUGUGAAGAAAGUCAAUGGUAACUUGAUGGGGAUAGCAUUAAAUCUAUAAAUUACUUUGGGCAAUAUGGCCAUUUUUCAUGAUAUUGAUUCUUCCUACCCAUGAGGAUGGAAUGUUUUUCCAUUUGUUUGUGCCCUCUCUCCUUGAGCAGUGGUUUGUAGUUCUCCUUGAAGAGGUCCUUCACAUGCCUUGUAAGUUGUAUUCCUGGGUAUUUUAUUCUCUUUGUAGCAGUUAUGAAUGGGAGUUCACUCAUGAUUUGGCUCUCUGUUUUUUUUAUUAUUGGUGUAUAGGAAUGCUUGUGGUUUUUGCACAUUGAUUUUGUAUCCUGAGACUUUGCUGAAAUUGCUUAUAAGCUUAAGGAGAUUUUGGGCUGAGAUGAUGGGGUUUUCUAAGUAUAGAAUCAUGUCAUCUGCAAACAGAGACAAUUUGAAUUCCUCUCUUUCUAUUUGAAUACCUUUUAUUUUUUUCUCUUGCCUGAUUGCCCUGGCCAGAACUUCCAACAUUAUGUUGAAUAAGAGUGGUGACAGAGGGCAUCCUUGUCUUGUGACAGUUUUCUCAGGGAAUGCUUCCAGCUUUUGCCCAUUCAGUAUGAUAUUGGCUGUGAGUUUGUCAUAGAUAGCUUUUAUUAUUUUGAGAUACAUUCCAUCAAUAUCUAGUUUAUUGAGAGUUUUUAGCAUGAAGGGCUGUUGAAUUUUGUCGAAGGCCUUUUCUGCAUCUAUUGAGAUAAUCAUGUGGUUUUUGUCAUUGGUUCUGUUUAUGUGAUAGAUUCCAUUUAUUGAUUUGCAUAUUUGAAUCAGCUUUGCAUCCCAGGGAUGAAGCUGACUUGAUCAUGGUAGAUGAGUUUUUGAUGUGCUGCUGGAUUCGGUUUGCCAGUAUUUUAUUGAGGAUUUUCACAUCAAUGUUCAUCAGGGAUAUUGGCCUGAAAUUUUCUUUUUUUGUUGUGUCUCUGCCAGGUUUUGGUAUCAGGUUGAUGCUGGCCUCAUAAAAUGAGUUAUGGAGGAUUCCCUCUUUUUCUAUUGUUUGAAAUAUUUUCAGAAGGAAUGGUACCAGCUCCUUUUUGUACUUGCGGUAGAAUUCGGCUGUGAAUCUGUCUGGUUCUGGGCUUUUCUUGGUUGGUAGGCUAUUAAUUACUACCUCAAUUUCAGAACUUGUUAUUGGUCUAUUCAGGCAUUAGACUUCUUCCUGGUUUAGUCUUGGAAGGGUUUAUGUGUCCAGGCAUUUAUCCAUUUUUUCUAGAUUUUGUAGUUUAUUUGCAUAGAGAUGUUUAUAGUAUUCCCUGAUGGUAGUUUCUAUUUCUGUGGGAUCAGCAGUGAUAUUCCAUUCAUCAUUUUCAUAGUAUCUAUUGAUUUUUCUCUCUUGUCUUCUUUAUUAGUCUGGCUAGCAGUCUACUUUGUUAAUUAUUUCAAAAAAACCAGCUCCUGGAUUCAUUGAUUUUUUGAAUUUUUUUGUGUGUCUCUAUCUCCUUCAUUUCUGCUCUGAUCUUAGUUAUUUCUUGUCUUCUGCUAGCUUUUGAAUUUGUUUUCUCUUGCUUCUCUAGUUCUUUUAAUUGCGAUAUUAGGGUGUCGAUUUUAGAUCUUUCCUGCUUUCUCCUGUGGGCAUUUAGUGCUAUAAAUUUCCCUUUAAACACUGCCUUAGCUGUACUCUUGCAGCUAGCUCAGUCUCUGCCCAAAAAGCCGCCCAGUUUUGUGCUUGAAACCCAGGACCCCAGUAGCGUAGGCACCCAAGGGAAUCUACUGUUCUGUGGUUUGCGAAAUCCAUGGGAAAAGCGUAGUAUCUGGGCUGGAGUGCACUGUUCCUCAUGGCUCAGUCCCUCAUGGCUUCCCUUGGCUAGGGGAGGGAGUUGUCUGACCCUUUGCGUUUCCCCGGGUGAGGCGAUGCCCCACCCUGCUUCGGCUAGCCCUCCCUGGGCUGCACCCACUGUCUAACCAGUCCCAGUGAGGUUAGUCGGGUAUCUCAGUUAGAAAUGCAGAAAUCAUCUGGCUUCUGCACUGAUCUCAGUGGGAGCUGCAGACCGAAGCUGUUUCUAUUCCACCAUCUUUCCAGCCACCCACACUGAUUUCUAAAGUAGUUGUUCCAUAUUAUAUUCCCUAGAUAAUCAAGAAUUGUUAUAAAGGGCUGGGCGUGGUGGCUCAUGCCUGUAAUCCCAGCACUUUGGGAGGCCGAGGUGGGUGGAUGACGAGGUCAGGAGAUCAAGACCAUCUUGGCUACCUUGUCAGGUGUUUUGAAAAACUUUUAGCUUUUUAAACACAUUCAUGGUGAUAUAUAUCGAUGAGUUUAUUUUGUAUUGCCCUGUUCAACAAGGUUGAACAUCUUUUCAUGGACUUAUUAGUUAUUUGUGUGUCUUCAUUUGUGAAGUGUUUGCUCAGACACUUGGC